CAUGUGCGACCUGCAGCCAAACAUCAACAAACAUGGGGCGGAUUGAAACCUCUCAGAAUCUCGUGGUUAUUUGCUGUAGCAAAACAGUCUUGGUCUAUGACAGACGGAAUGAUGCCUCAAGAACCCUCAACUUGGAUAUCCCAGAAACUCCCGUGGAAAGUAACAAGGCAACAGACAAUGAUGAGACUACUGCUCAAGGCAGCAAGAACCAGGUGGUUUGUGCAAGGAUAUCAGAUGAUGAAAAAUAUGUAGCUGUUGCCUGUGAGCCCAAGACAGUGACUGUAUGGUGCACACAGUCCUGGUCACUGCAGCACACCCACAAUCUAGUCAAACGACCUGUAUCCGUGGACAUCUCCACAGACUCAAAAGUGAUCUUGGUUGCAGACAAGACAGGUGAUGUGUAUCAUUUCCCAUUAAAGGGAGGUGAACUGGAGGUGACUUCAGUUUGCGAUGACAAGCAGGAAAUGUCUCCCGAGUCUGAAAGUCAAGGAAAUGGUGAAGAGAAAAGCAAUGUGCCAGCUCUGUUGGGACAUCUCUCUAUGCUGCUUGAUGUGGUCAUUUCACAAGACAGUAGAUUUGUCAUUACAUGUGACAGAGAUGAGAAGAUAAGGGUGUCACACUACCCUAAUUCAUAUAACAUUCAAUCCUUUUGCCUUGGACACAGAGAGUUUGUAACGCAAAUUGAUCUUUUGCCAAACCAUGGUAAUCUUUUGCUGUCCUGCUCUGGGGAUGGGACAUUAAGACUAUGGGAGUAUGAAAAAGGCCAGUGCGUGGCAGUAAUGGAUACGCGAGAACACACAUCCCCCAUCCUUCACCAUUUCACUAAGUAUAGUGAGGAGAGAAUCAAGCAGUCAGCUGAGGCCACGCGAUACCUCCCUGAUUAUCCUCCCUUAAGAUGUUUUGCUCUUUACCCUUGUGCAGAGGAUGAGUAUCUAGUGGCUACGGUGUUAGACAAGAUUCCUUCAGUUUUGUUAUACAAGAUAAUAGACAGAAAAUUUAACUACCUCUCAACAACCUCCCUAGAGGGCUUGCCAUUGGCCCUCACCUGGCUCAAUGCAGAAACACUUUUGGUGCAGGAGGAAUCAGAUGAGCAGCCAUUGUCUGUUUACCAGUGUGAGGCGGACAGGCUCAGCCGAUUGAAGGAGCACACUCUCAUAUCCGUUGGGUUGGACCACAAACACCUCUUCUCUGAAGGAGGCCCGGGCGGCGUGAACAUGGACAUCCUGUACAAGCAGCGGUACGACAACGUGGCCGAUUACCUCAAGAAGAAGGAGGAGAGGAUUGCCCUGGCGAAGGCCGUGGAGGCGGGGCUGGUCCCUCAGCCGCCCAAGAAAGGGAGGUGGGAAUAACGUUGGAGGAAGUAUAGGGGAGGAAGAGGAAGUUGAAGACGAAGAGGAGGAGAAGGGAGAAGAAAAUGAAGAGGUUGUUGUACGAUGCGUGUGUGAUCGAAUGAUUGCAGGGGAAAUGUAGUUGAGAAUGAAAAGGAAGAAAGGAAAUGUAAAAGAAGAUAGUCAUGGUGUUGAAGUAAGAGAUGAACCGAGAAGAAUGACGUGAGAUAAAGGAAGAGGAUUGGAAGGCAUACGCGUCUAAGUGUGUUCUAAGACCAGUUAUCCGAAAAUGCGUUUAUUGGAUGUUUGAAUAGUCUAAAAUUGUACCUAUAACACAAGCAGUUAAUACGCUUACCUUCGUACAUACAAUAUUGCAUUGUAUUAACGGUAUCGCAAACAAAGCAUAAAACAUUCAAUAAAAGCACUUUCGGAUAAUUGGCGUGAGAACAACUUUUCACAACGCCUUUUCUUCAAAUAUCAGUUGAUGUAGAGCAGCGGAGGCGAGAAAGGAAAGCCGGCAGCAACAUAGCCUGCUUCAGCAAACAUGGACCCAAAUUCAUAAUCAUUUCGGAAUGCACAAGCUGACAAGGAUUCAAGAUUUCUUUUCUAAUUUGCUCGGGAGAUAUUUGGGCCUCUCAUGUGAUCUUUAUGGCUUAUGCUCUUUUGAUCUUGGGUUGUAUGUGUUUUUAUUAAGAUGUGUUUAUGUUUUAUGGAAGAAAUUAUUACAGUAAUAUCAUGUGUAUGUAGACAUUUUUUUCUUAAAAUAUUAUUAUGCAAGGAGUAGGCUAGUUAAGGCAACACCACGAAACCGUUUUCUGUUGCUAUCACGCAAUAUAUCUGUAUGUGAUGAUUUGAAUAUAUGUGAACAAGAUCC